UUAUGUAGCAGAUUAUUUGUUUCUAUCUUGGAUCAGAAUGUCUUGCUUUCCGUGUAGUUUAAUGCUGCAAAUUUCUAUGCUUUUUCAGGUUCUGAUUUGGUGUCUCGAGCAUUGAGCGAUUGCUGAAUUUUAAGAUGGAUUGAAGAGAGUUCGUUCCCUGUUUCUGGUUGAUCUUAUAUAGUAUGAUUUCUGCGAUAUGGUGCUGAAUAGGAGGUUAGAAUAUGGAUUCAAUGGCUAUCAGGUGCCUACCAUGCCUCGGGGCGCCAGAUCUGCUAGAAGGAGAAAUUCGAUCAAGAAGAAUGUUGAAGACAACAAAAUGCAUGCAUUUGACUUACUGGCCACCUUAGCUGGGAAGCUGCUGGUCGGGAACAGUAGUUCUUCAUCUUCAAGUAAUUCGUCGACUAAGAAGGAUCAGUUUCCAGUCACUGACAGCACUGGCAUAGAAGAAGGGUGUCAGAAUCAGUGUAAACAGUUGGAACUGCAACUUUGUGAUCAAGGAAGCUGUGGUAGGAGCAUGUUAGAUUCCCAGCUUGUAUCCCAAAAGCAUCAUGAUCCAAAGCUUAUUCAGGAAGAUACUCAACAUCCUGUCGUGCAAUGUACUGACUGCUCAGAGAGGCUGGGAACCGAUGAGCUGGGAAUUGACAAAAGAAAUGAAGAAACUAGUAGACAUGCAGCGGUAGAGACUUUGAUAUCAACCGACUCCAAGUUAGAAGAUGAUAACCAAAAUGAGAUUAAGGUGAAACAGCUUUAUUCAGGGAAGGCUCCAAAUGAUAAUGGGUCUGUUAUGUACAGUUUAAGGGAUCCAGUGGUAUGGGAUGCGAAACCUCUCACGCAAAUUAGCUUAGAGAGUGGCGCCGCUGUGCCAUUCCCUAAGAAAAAAGAUCGCAUUUCACGUGAUUCUUUAUCCCCUGCUAGGAAUGUAGAAGUAGUUAGUAGAGAUGAUGACGAAAAAUCCUCUGGGUGCAUGCACCAUAUCCCCAGAAAGAAGUCUUUUAGGCCAGUGCCGCAUAUUGGAGACAGAAGAAUAAGGAAGGUUUUGGCUUCUCGACAUUGGAAAGUAGCUUUAAGAUCCAAGAAUGAGUUUCCUAGAACUGGUUUAAAUUUCAAGGCUGAUUACAAAGAUAAGAGUAGCUAUUAUAAACGCCAAAGAUCUCAGAGGAACUAUCCUUUCAAGAAGAGAAAAUUUUUUGAUAUUGACUUUGAGUCGUAUUCUGACAAGGAAAUUAGUAGCAAAGCCGCUGUCUAUCCACCUGAGAAUCAUACUGAUGGAGAUGUUUCUGCCAAAUGGCCAUCACCUCCAGUGUCAGGUCAGCAUUUGUCAUACCAAUCUACAGAUUCCCAUGUUAAGCUUCGGAUUGAGUCUUUCACUGUGCCGGAGCUAUUUAUUGAAAUUCCAGAAACAGCUACUAUUGGCUCAUUGAAGAGGGCAGUUAUGGAAGCAGUUAGUGGUGUUCUUGGCAGUGAGUUACGUGUUGGCGUUCUUCUCCAGGGGAAAAAAGUUGGAGAUGACAGCAAAACUCUACUACAAACAGGAAUAUCUCAUGAUAAUCAAUUGAAUUCUUUGGGUUUUGCCUUGGAGCCUGACCCUUCGCACACAUCUGCAAGUCCGAAGGUCUCUUCCCUGUUUCCUUGCGAUGUGCCUCAGCCUUUGAUAAGGUAUCCCACUGGUCCAAAAGAUUCUCAAAAGAGAAUUCAUGAUACCCUGCGUGAACAUGAAGAGACAAACAUACCUAUCGUGGUGGAGAAUGAUUGUGAUUUGGCAACCUCUCCUGUUGGAUUGUUGAAAAAGGGUACUGCCCAAUCUAAAGCACUUAUACCUGUUUCAUCUAUGAACGUGGAGGCUUUAGCUGUGGUACCAGUGCACAGGAAAUCAAAAAGAUCUGAGUUUGCUCAGCGGCGCAUUCGUAGACCCUUUUCUGUUACUGAAGUUGAAGCACUUGUUCAGGCUGUUGAAAAACUUGGAACCGGAAGGUGGAGAGAUGUUAAGCUCCGGGCCUUUGAUAGUGCAAAGCAUCGGACGUACGUGGACUUGAAGGAUAAGUGGAAGACACUGGUACACACGGCUAGAAUAUCGCCUCAGCAGAGGAGGGGAGAGCCUGUUCCUCAAGAGCUCUUGGAUAGGGUCCUGACUGCACAUGCUUACUGGUCCCAACACCAAGCCAAGCAACAGCUCAAGCACGUCUGAUGUGAGGUGAUGGAACAGGUCACUUCGUGUUUAGAGUAUGUCUAGUUAUAUUCCCAAUUGUUCCAUUGACUUGUAAAAAAAUGUGACUGUCAAGAAAAUAGGUACAUUAAAAGGGAGUAUUUAGUUGUAAUAUUUUCCCCGCUGUCGCGGAGGUUAUUUGUGUAUGAUGGAUAGGGUGGCGAUUGUAAAGGGGAUGAGACGGAAUAAGCGCUUGCUAAUGGUGUGUUUUAGUUCCGACACCAGCACGGUGUCGUUUUGUCUUCAUUGGCUAUAGAUAAUCUGGCAUGUAGAUGGAAAUACGUAUAAGUUGAAGCUGCACAUGUAACCUUUGUUCAUUAAUGUUAAAAGUGUAUUAGUUCCUUCA